AUGACAAUUAAUCAUAUCUUCUUUUGGGCUUCCGCAGGCAAGGUCGUAGCCCUGCGGUCGUUUUAUCGUGCUAUCCUCCAGCCCCUGGGUUAUACCGAGAUGAUUCGUGCGAACAACGAAACUCUCAUCGGAUAUGGAAGUGAUUAUCCCUACUUCUGGCUGAAGAAACUGCCCGAAGGAAAAGAGCCUUUGCCAACCCACAUUGCGUUUGACGCCCCAAGCCGCGAAGCUGUGGAUCAGUUCUACCACCUGGCACUGCAACAUGGAGGUCGCGACAAUGGAGGCCCAGGUAUCAGGGAAGAGAUGAGCCGCCAACCCUACUACUCGGCUUUUAUUAUUGAUUUGGAAGGAAAUAAUGUCGAAGCUGUGUGCGUUCCCAAGUGA